AUGGCCAAUGGCAUUGAAGAUCUUAUUGGGAUCCCAUUCCCAAACCACAGCAGUGAAGUCCUUUGCGGUUUAAAUGAACAGCGGCAUGAUGGUCUACUCUGCGAUGUCAUCCUCAUUGUCCAGGACCAGGAGUACAGGACCCACAGGUCUGUUCUUGCAGCCUGCAGCAAGUACUUUAAAAAACUCUUCACUACUGGCACUUUAACAGACCAGCCCUAUGUUUACGAGAUUGACUUUGUCAAGCCUGAAGCACUUUCUGCUAUCCUAGAGUUUGCCUAUACUUCAACCCUCACCAUCACCACCUCAAACGUCAAGCACAUCCUCAACGCAGCCAAGAUGCUGGAGAUCCAGUGCAUUAUCAAUGUAUGCCUUGAAAUCAUGGAGCCUGACAGAGAAGCUGAAGAGGAAGAUGAUAAAGAGGAUGAAGAUGACGAUGAUGACGAAGAAGAUGAUGAUGAUGAAGAGGAGGAGGAGGAGGAAGAAGUGGAAGAUUUUGUGAAUCAGGAGAACCUCACGGAUGUCCAAGAAGUAAGCUGUCACCAAAGCCCUUCAAAGUCUGACCUUACCGAAGAAACGUAUACAGAAGCACCUAGAGACUUCCCACAUCAUUACCCAGCCCAUAGCUCUGCCGGCCACUUGGGCAUGAUACGAGACUUUUCCAUUGAGUCAUUACUUAGGGAAAAUUUGUACCCUAAAACGAACAUUCCAGAAAGGAGGCCAGCCCUAUCUCCCUUCACACCAGACUUCUUUCCCCACCUGUGGCAUGGAAAUUUCAGUUCCUUUUCCCAGCUAGAAGAGCAGCAAGUGGACAAUGGCCCUUUGGACCUGGUGAUCAAAAAGAGGAAGAUUAAGGAGGAGGAGAAGGAGGAGCUCCCUCCGGCUCCUUUCCCUAAUGACUUCUUCAAGGACAUGUUUGCCGGCAAUCCAGGAGGUCACUUAGGGCACAUUAAGGCAGAGAACGACUAUAGCGCUUAUCUCAACUUUCUAAGUGCCACCCACCUGGGAGGAGUGUUUCCUCCAUGGCCCCUGGAGGAAGAAAGGAAGAUAAAGCCCAAGGCAUCUCAGCAGUGUCCGAUCUGUAACAAAGUCAUCAUGGGGGCAGGGAAGCUGCCACGGCACAUGAGAACCCACACAGGAGAAAAGCCAUACAUGUGCACUAUCUGUGAAGUUCGCUUUACCAGGCAGGACAAGCUAAAAAUCCACAUGCGGAAACACACAGGAGAAAGGCCAUACCUCUGCAUACACUGCAAUGCCAAAUUCGUGCACAACUACGACCUAAAGAACCACAUGCGCAUUCACACGGGUGUCCGGCCUUACCAGUGUGAAUUCUGCUACAAGAGCUUCACUCGCUCCGACCACCUCCACCGCCAUAUCAAGCGGCAGAGCUGUCGAAUAUCGAGGCCCAGGAGGGGGCGCAAGCCCGCAGCCUGGAGGGCGGCCAGCUUGCUGUUUGCACAGAAUGGCCAGCCAGAUGAAAAAGGCUUCAUGAUGCCUCCAACUCUGGAGGAGAUGAGCAGCCAUCUUGGCACCACGGCCAUGUGCCUUCCAGGCCCCAGCCACAAGCACUUCAUGAGUGGGGCCAAGAAUGCUCUAAACCUGCAAGAUCUAGAGAGCCAGUUCGAAGAAACCCAAAUGAAGCUGUUUGGGAGGACGCAUCUGGACAUGGAAAGGAAUGGGGGCAUCUUUGCCUUUGCCCUGGGCCAUAACGAGAACAUCUCGGCACGGCCAUACUUCCCUCUCCCUGACCCUUGGAGCACAGGAUUCAAUGGACUGCCCGGACUAAACCAUGUGGCCCCAAUUUCUGAGGCUAGCAACUAAACCAGUUCUACCCAUGUAUUGGGUGUGGUACGUUCCAUACCAUUUUUAAAGAGUGAACGACUCUCUCUGAUUCUCACCUGCUGUCUCCCAUCUUCUCACUCCAAAGAAACAAUUGAUCGCCCAUGUGAAUCUAGACUGUGCCGUAGGAUGGCAGGCGGAGCCACACCCGAACAGACAACGGACAUUCUUCUGAAUGAGGU